AAUGCUCAAACGCAAUUCAUAGAAACAAUCAAGGAGGAGUGAGUAAAUGAACGCUGUCUUUUCAUUGGUCAAUGAAAGGUGUGUGUAUCACGUGAUAUUUUACAGCGUCAUGACAGCACGCUGACAGGAUAUGAGCACAUUAGUACUUAGAAAGGACUAAUAAAGUUGUGUUGUUGCAAGGUGCAGGCAACACUUUAACAGGAAACAUGACGACGACACUUUUCUUCUUGAGUUUGGCUACAUUGAUUUCACUGGGGUAUUCCUAUGCCUAUUAUCCGUAUACUUUUCACUACAACCGUCCUCGAGCUUUCGAUGCAAGACCUUAUGGAUAUAAAAGAGGCCGUCUUGACAGGAUUUCGAUGGGAUUCAUCAAAAGAGCUGACGAGGUACCUGACGAGACACUACAAAUGGAUGAGUCCGAUCGAGACAGUCUAAGAGAAUUCAUGUCGACUCUUGAAAAUGCUAAAAACAAUCUUGUUCCCAUCAGAGAAACUCGAGGUUUUGAUUCUAUAUCAUCUGGUUUUAUACGAAAAAAAAGAUCUACCGACAAUUAUGUCGAUAAAGGAAAUACUGACAGUGAGAAAAAUACAGAUAACAGUGAACAAAACAUUGAACUCGAUAAAAAGGCUUUUGAUCGGUUGAAUUCCGGAUUUGUUAAAAAGGGCCUUGACAGAAUGACUUCUGGAUUUAUUAAGAAAAGGCCUUUCGAUCGACUUACUUCUGGCUUUGUUAAAAAGGAUGAUGAUAAUGAGAUAAACGACGAAGACCAUCAAGAUCUUUAUGAAAAGCGAGGGCUAGAUCGGCUGAACAGUGGAUUUAUAAAGAAAAGCGACACAAUUGAAAACGAAAAGCGUCGUCUCGAUCGAUUGAAUAGUGGGUUCGUUAAAAAAGGUCUAGACAGAUUAUCUAGCGGAUUUGUAAAAAAGGGCCUUGAUAGGUUAUCUAGUGGAUUUGUUAAGAAAGGGCUUGACAGAUUGUCCAGUGGCUUUGUAAAGAAAAAUGAUUUGGAUGAACACAACAUUGAUGAACUCUCUGACGGACAAGAGGAAAAACGGGGAUUCGAUAGGAUUUCCAGUGGAUUUGUUAAAAAAGACCAACAGGAGUUCAAUGACGAACGAGAUUCAAAUGAUAAGAGAGGGCUAGAUCGGAUUUCUAUGGGAUUUGUAAAGAAAGAUGAAAUAGAUCCAGAAAUGAAACGAGGAUUUGACAGAAUAACGAGUGGUUUCGUAAAGCGCCCAUUCGAUAGAUUAACAUCCGGAUUUGUGAAAAAGUCUGACAACUUUAACAUGGAGGACAAAAGAGGAUUCGACAGAAUUUCCAGCGGAUUUGUAAAGAAAAGCGAUAUAGACAUGCAAGAUAAAAGGGGAUUCGACAGGCUGACAAGCGGCUUCGUUAAGCGCCGCCCAUUUGAUAGAUUGUCCUCUGGAUUUGUGAAGAAGUCUAAUAACUACUUUGACGAAGAGUACCCAGAAAAUAGCAUGGACAAGAGAUAUUUUGACAGACUCAACUCCGGUUUUGUUAAACGGAGCGGCAUGUCUGAAGAGAGUCAGUCUCCUGAUUUCCAAGCUUAUCAUAGAAGGAAACGUACUGCAGGCUUUGAUCGUAUAGGAUAUGGAUUGUUCAAAAGAUCAUAUGACAAUAUCCGUGAUUCGGAUUUGUAUUAUCCUUAUACAGAUCAAUUGGAUGAUCUAUUUUGAAGAAUGAAACUUAAGAGUGAUGUACAAUUAUACAUGACAGCUGUUUAACGUUUUUAUCGGAUGCAUAUUUGAUUAAACGGUUACUUGUACCUUUUGAACAAAAAGAAUGGAUGAACAUGAUGUUUAAGAAAUUAUUGCCUUGUUGAAAUGAUAUUAUUAUUUUCAUGUAUAGCAAUUGUUGGCAAUAUAACGGAAUUGCACACGAUUUUUAAUAUAAAAGCGUUAUUUGUUAUGUUUAAAAAAAUAUAUUUGAUAAACAAAUCUGAGUUGGCGAAACCAUAAUGAUACAAACUAACAGGACUUUGAUUGAUUAUUUUCCAUAAUAAUGUCGGCUUGACAAGAGCGAUACGAGUUUACAAUAACGGCCAGUUUGAUGAACAAUAUCAAAUAAGGUGUAUACGAGUAUCUAUAUGUCAUCUUUGGCCGCAUAAGCAUUGCCGGAAAAUCUCUAAUAUUUUUCAUUCUUACUAUUUUGUUAUAAAGUUAUUCACUAAUUAACUGAUACUUUUUGUAGAAAAAUAGAAGCUAUUGUUUAAUUUCGACAACAGAAUUUAAGUAUGUUAAAAA